CAUUGAAGAGGUUGGACGCUUGGACCAGUUGCUUUUAUUUUUGUUAAAAAAUAUGAAAAAUGUGUGACUAUCAACUACUAAUAAUUUUAUGGAAGACUUUCUCAAACAAUCCCUAUAUAUCAUUUUCUUACUCUGAGAGUCAGUCCAGGAACUCCAAAUUCUUGAAGGUUGGGCUGCUGAGAAAGAAAGAAAAGAAAAUCUUCGAACUCUACAAAGAAAAAUGGAGGAGGUUUUGUUGUUGAAAGAAGAUAGAGAAGAGAAGAGAGAGAGAGUGAGAUGGGGUUUAUUGAUAGGGGAGGAGAUGAAGAGACUGGGGUACUUAGCAGGACCUAUGGUAGCUGUGACUCUAUCACAGUAUCUGCUUCAAGUAAUAUCAGUAAUGAUGGUUGGUCAUUUGGGUGAACUCUCUCUUUCCAGCACCUCCAUAGCCAUUUCUCUAUGUGGUGUCACUGGUUUUAGCUUUCUUCAGAUGUGCUGCCUGAGUCAUUGUAGGAGCCUCGAUAUCGAAGUGUCAUCUCACCACCGAAGCCGAGAUCAAAUAAACCACUCCGACCUUCCCGAAGCUUCUCCGAAGUGAUACAUCGAUUCCUACUACUGAUCUGCCGAAGUAUCCCACCUCCGAGGUCGGGUUCAGGUGGACCCCGGUUAGAAGAUCCGUUGCCAAUUUAAGAUUUGUUCUGCAUAUAAGGUUUAAAUUGAUUUGACGUCCCCAUGAGACUAUUAGAUGUGAUUUAUCAACUUUAUGUCAAUUCAACUCGGGGGAAAC